GGCGUUGACAAGUGGCUGAGCGACGAAGGCUGCAAGGAGCUGAUCGCGGAAGGCGAGCUGUUGAAUUUCACCAACGUGCAGAAGCACUCUCACGACGUCGUGGCACUCCUCCCGCCACAGUGGAGGGGCAAGGGAGCCGGCGGGCGCAGGCCAAGGCUGCCGACACGCGCAGGUUCGGAUGUGGCAGUGGGCCGACUGGUGUGGAGCUCGCAGCAGACUGCCCAAUGGAGUCUUGGGCGGUGGGGAGCUGCGCCGUGGGCGUUGCUGGUGGGUGUGCUGGCGUAUGGGGUGUGGUUGGUGUGGAAUCGGGGUCAUGGCCAGAGACGGCGGCAUAAGAGGAGGACAUCUAGUUGA